UUAGUUCGUGUCAAUGGAAAAAGCCUUGAAUUUGCAAUCAUUCAAUGAAUGGAUACACUGACCCGAAAAGUGUCAGGUCCCAUUAGUACGUCCCCUGGCUAGACAAACUGUUUAGGGUUGAGCCCAGUGACCGUAGCAUAUACUACGAAGAAUCAUCCUUGUCUCGAAAUGCACCGCUGAAGACACGUCUUACUAUUCCAAUUCACUUAAGCGUUCGACAUUAUUCACUCCCUAACUUGUUCCAUGUUUCCCAUCUCGGUCUGACGAGAGCAUACAUAAGAAACUAGUCCGGCCUCAGAAACCACUCUCUAGAAUUAUAGCGACAAACUACCAUCCACGAUGCAUUCCAAACUCCCAAAACUUAGCAUCCUCCUACAAACAGUCCUCACUCUAAUACUUACCAUCACUCAGACACUCACAUACCAGCCCAUAUCCAACAACACCCUCAUUUACCUCCCUCGACCAAACAUAGACUUUAACAUUCACAAUGGCACACUCCUCUCCCCUAUCCUCCGAACCCGUGUCCCAGGAAGUCCAGGUUCCGAAGCAACCAGAUCCCAUUUCACCAACUUCUUCUCCAGAACACUCCCACACUGGCAAGUCGAGUUCCAAAACUCCACAGCCAAAUCCACCACCAAGGAAAUACCCAUCAUCAACUUAAUCGCCACUCGUGAUCCGCCCGGUAUUCCUUCAGGUAACAUCAGCAGGUUAACCCUGGUAGCUCAUUACGACAGCAAAAGCUCACCAGAGGGGUUCAUCGGAGCCAUCGACAGUGCAGCUCCCUGCGCUAUAAUCAUGCACGCCGUGGGAAGUAUCGAUGCAGCAUUAAGUCGGAAAUGGGACACUUUACCUACGCUACAAAACGUGGAGGGUAUACAAGUUAUAUUCACAGAUGGAGAGGAAGCGUUUAAUCCUGACUGGCCGGAGAUGUUAUUCGGGGCGCGAUCAUUAGCUGCCGAGUGGGAACAUACGCGGUAUCCUCCGUCUUCUAAAUAUUCCAGUCGGAUCAAGGCCAUCUCGUUAUUUGUCUUGUUGGAUCUCCUUGGUUCGAGGGAGCCGAAGAUUGCGUCGUAUUUUAACACGACACAUGACGUGUAUCGGCGGGCUGCUGUGCUUGAGAAGCGGUUGAAAGGGUUAAAUCAGUUCAAGUCGCGUGGCAUUAGUCCUUGGUUGAUUGAUGCCGAAAGAGACAAGGUUGGGAUGAACAGGUUUCCUAUCUAUGAUGACCAGGUGCCGUUCAUCGAACGGGGUGUGGAUGUGCUACAUCUGAUUGAUGCGAAUCCUGAUACUGGGGACUUUCCGAAGGUGUGGCAUAGUUUGGGUGAUACGGGGGAGAAUUUGGAUCUUGAUUCUGUGGAGGACUGGAGUGUUUUGCUUAUUGCUUUUAUUGUUGAGUGGUUGGAGUUGGAUGGUUAUAUGGUAUGA